UGUACAUACAUAUGCACUUUAAAAGAACAUAGGUAAAAUGUUAAUUUGUACGAAUAACAAAUAUGAAUACAAGAACAAUAGCGUCUGUUGUGCUCCCGUAAACCAAGAAAAAACAGCUACAAUAACAAAUGCAAAUACAACUUUGUAUAAAUGUACAUACAUAUGUAUGUAUGUAUGUAUUUAGAUAUGUAUGGUUGAAAGUUUAAGAAGCAAUAGUAAGUUAUUAGGUUCGGCAGCCCUACCGCUACUGUAUUAUUGUGACGUCAUAACCGUAGAGGAUUUUUGCAUACGGAAAUCGUGGGCAUUGAUUUCCCAUCCGUACGUACUACAUAUUCUAAACGUAUUCAAUAAAUAUAUAUGUAUAUGUAUGAAUGUGUGCGUCCAUGUACGUCGUGCCAGUGUAUGCGUACUUUUGCGUUUAAAUAUGUAUGUAUGUUCGCAAGCAGCGGCCGCAAAAUAGCGAAUACAGCAAAGAUAUGUUUGCCGAGAACUCGCGCCUCCUGAGGGUGGCAAGCGGCACUCAGCUCGCAUUAAUCGCCAAAACCAUUAGCGGAUCGCAGUCGAUGUUUUGAACUUGUAUCGAAUAGAUCGGCACUCCGUCUGAGAGGCAUUUUUUCGCGCUCGACACGAAAUAAGGAAAAUAUUGUAAUUUCAAAUGUAGAAGAAGCAUAGGUGGUCGAUAAGUGAAAUUGUGUUUAGCAAAAGUAAAUUAUAACGAACUUCUGUGGCAAUAAAAUCCUAAAUUUGUCAUUUACAACAAAACAACAUACAUAAGUAUGUGCUUGGAAGUUAAACGAUAUUUAGGCGUGAUUCUGUAAUAAAACUUUUAAUUGGCUGUGGUAACAAAUAUUAUAAAAAGUACACUCAAUGAUUCAAAUUGAUAAGUGUAAAAAGCGAAGAAAUGAUGUGGUUAUUUCUAAAAUUAAUCGUUUGAAAAAUAAAUAAAGGUUGAGUGGUCAUAACGGAAAUAAUGGAAUUUUCUUAGAUUAAGAAUAAUUAAAUAUACAGUUAUAAACUCGGAAACUGAGAUUCAGUUAUAAAUCUAAAUAAAUGUUAUAAGAAUAUCAAUUUAAAUUAAUUGAACAAUCACUACCUCAACUUCCAAAUAAGUUUUGCAUCAGGAUUACAACCGUCAACUAUUAUUUGAAACACUUUCACCUUGUAGGUGACCCUUAGACAAGAAUUCCUCAUAUUACUUAAAGGGAGUAAGAAGGAAAAUUUUUAAGCAGCGGACGGCGCAGCAGCACUUUUCGGUCUCCACUUAGCGGCCGUGUGUUGAAAUGGUAUUGCCUUUUGGUUUGGCCUCUGACGGUCAUAACGUAGCUGGCAACCAAAACAUGGUAACCCCCACAGCUCCACCUGCUUUCCUAAUGCACGGCCACACAAAUGUCUCCACUGUGGUGCCUAUCAUUCCAAGCCCCUACAUCGAUUUCAUCGUUGUGAAUGGCGACGAUCGCUACAUGAUACGCUGCGAGCGUAAGGCAGUGCUAGAGAACAGUGUUGAGCUGGCAAAGCUGAUACGGGCGGGCCCAAAUAGCGGCCGCAAAGGCGAUAAUCACUUUCAAAUCUCCAAUGUGGAUAAGAACGACUUUGAAUUGGUCAUACGGUUUUUAGAGACAAAGUUCGUGCGGUAUCGCGACCAUUUGCACAUACUGAAAAUACUGGAGUUGGCCGAUCGUUUCAAUUGCCCCGAUUUGGUAAUACACUGCAUACGUGAAUUGGACCUGCAAUUGACGAGCGCAGUGGUGAUCGACAUCUUUCGUUCGCUGUGGUUCUACCAAAGCAUUUCAGUGCCAAACCAACACCAAUUGGGUGCUGUGAUUACCACACAGGAAAGCGCUGCAAACAAGAAAGUAAAACGUAAAACACCAAACCCACAAACCACCGCCAAUGCCAGUGGCGGAACAGCUGCUGCUGGUGCGGGCGACAAUGCGAAUGCGGCGGCUGAAUCAAGUCCGCACCCCAAUCCCUUUACAGCAGAGGAGUUCGGUAUGGCUUUGCUCAACAACUCGCUGCAGCUGAUUGACAUGCAUGCCCAAUUGGUGCUGACCAAACAGCAAAUCAACGAAUUACGCUUUGAAGAACUCGAAAUGAUAGCGAAACGUGAGGCACUGCAACUAAGUUCCGAACUUGUGCUCUUCAAUUGUUUGGCGGACUGGAGUGUAGCCGAGUGUCAACGGAAGAAGCUUGAUGCAACGGCAGAGAACAGACGACGUGUCCUCGGGCCACUAUGCUACGCGCCGCGUUAUUUACUCAUGAAUAUCAAUGAAUUUCACAAAGCAUGUGAUCGUGUCGAACUACUGGAUCCAGUGGAAGUUUCGCUCGUGAGUGAUGCAAUCGAAGGUAAAAAGCUUAAGAAUUUAACACCAGAGCAGAGUCAAUUGCUGGAGAAGUUUCGAACACCACGUCCCGAAUUCCCAAAAAUGCCAAUACACCUUAGCGAUCGCACCAACCCGAAGAAUUAUCCGAAAAAAAUGCGCCGCGCCGAAAAGGGUGCUUCCGGCGAAGACGGUUGUUGGAGUAAUUUCGGUAUGAACUGUUUGACAGUAUUCGCAUGCAUUUUCGACUAAAAUAGCGGCGUUAAGUUCUAACUUAGUGAACCAACAAGCAUUUGAAUAUGACAUAUUCAUAAGCACAUAACCAACUGCUCUCACGUUAUGUACAAUUUGAAUUUUCCACUACACAAAAGUGCAAUCAGUUAAAAAACCAUAGUAUGCAAGCUCAGCAUUGGAAGCUCAAAGUGAGGAACUUUUUUUGUUAGAAGAGGCGUUUAAGAAUGGAAGAAAGAAAGCGAUAAGUCCGAAUUAGCUAAAAUAAAGUAGAUAGAGUUGGCGUAAGCCAAGUGCAUGGAUAAAGCUGUAACCUUCGUUAGAAUGAUAGCGAAUUGAAUAAUAGCGGAUUAUCCAACUGUGAAUUUAUAAAGUAGAUAAAUUUAAGAUGGGAAAAUAGUUAAAAGAAAUUUUCACUAUGUGUAACAGCCGAAGAGCUAUCGUUUUACAAGCUUUUAUCUCUUUAACAGACAUAAAAUUCGCGAAUUUUUCUGACAGCUUAAUGUCCAGAAGUGUGUUUCUUCCUUUGGAAAAGCUAUGGUGCUCUUACGUUUCCGACUAAUUGCACUGUAAUAAACUUAACCUUAACAUUUUACGCAUUGUAACAGUUAAAAACUGAAAUAACCGUAUUAGAACGAUGCAACUAAAGUUGUAUUUUCAGUACUAUGAGUCAUGUUGAUGCUUAUACAUUAUAUAAAUAGAGGAUACCGCGAUAUAUGUAUGUACAUACAUAUGUGAAUGUGAAAACAACGGGGAGUAUUCCAAAUCAACAAGAAUGAGUAGAUUAAGUUUUUAUACUGACAUACCGAUGUCGUGUGAAUUUGCUAGUGAAAUCCAUAAUAUAGUAUUGCUAUAAUUGUAUAUAACUUACAUCCAUACAUACAUAUGCAAUGGAUAUAUUGCUGAGCAGGAGUAUAAUAGAAAUUUAUAGGUAAUCGUAUCAUUUGUAGCUAUUAAUUGUAUUGGGAUACGUCGUUCAUAUGUCUGACAUAUUACUCCCAUAUACUUAGAUCAAUAUAUUGUACUUAUAUAGACAAAAUUAUAUAUAAUAUUUUUAUGUAGACCAUUAUUUUAUGCCAAUUUACCUUAUGUUAUGUAAGUUUUUGCUAGUCAAUGUAACCAUAAAAAUUUGUUUAUAGAAAAUUUGUUCAAAGAAUAUUAUCAUAAUUGAAAAGGAAUUUAAGUACAAUACAUUCACGCAUCGUCUACAUACAUACACAGACAGAUAAUUACAUAUUUACAUACGCAAAGUAAGCUUUAAUAACCAUUCAGCAAGCAAUUUUAACAAAUAUGGAGUUGAAACGAAUAUUUUAAUUUAAAGGGAUGAUGGUGGGAGAUAGAUGAUGGCUGUAAGCUUUUUCAUAUUCAUAUACAAAAUACGUUAUUAUUAAAUUAUAGAAAAAUGUAUGGAAGUUUUAAGUAAUUGUAAUGAAUGGGCAUAUGUAUGUACAUAGUUUUAUGAAGGCAGAGGAUUUAAGGUGUUAAGCGAUUGUUAAUUUUAAAGCUUCGCAACCGAGCUUAAACCGCAGCAUUUUAGUGUAAAUCUCAUUAACAAUUUCUAAUUAUGAGAUCAGAACAAAUAUAUAUCGAAAUUGGUACGAAUACAUUUGAACACAGUAAAUAAUAUUAUAUUAUAUAAAUACAUAAGUAUAAACAAGACAUCUCGUUUCUUUUCAGCCCUAAAUAGAACAUUCAUACUAAAAAUUCCAUAACAUUGCGAUAUACUUAGAUUACAACUUCAGUUGCUUGCAUUUCUGCAAAUCUCAUAAAUUAAGUUUUCGACAAAUAUUAUGCAAUCAAUGAACAAUACAUCAUAUAUCAUAACUGAACUACAGAUCCAUACAUAAAUAAAUAUACACAACCGUUUGAAUAAAAA